ACUAAGUUUAGAAAAAAAAAAUUCUAGUUUAUGGAAAGACCGAAAAAAGCUUUGCGUUUUGGACAAAAUUCCAACGUUUUUGAUUUAAUUUCUAGAACAUUACGUAGUGGAAAUCGCACAAAGACAGAUUUUUAUUUAUUAAGGACAUAAAGGGAAUACCGCGGGCCAAGUGACAAUGGCUGUGAACGUUUAUUCGACGAACGUGACGUCAGAGAACCUCUCGCGACAUGACAUGCUGGCGUGGGUGAACGACUGCCUGCAGUCCAGCUUCACGAAGAUCGAGGAGCUGUGCACGGGCGCCGCCUACUGCCAGUUCAUGGACAUGCUGUUCCCCGGCAGCGUGCCCAUGAAACGCAUCAAAUUCAAGACUAAUCUGGAACAUGAGUACAUUCAGAAUUUCAAGAUUUUACAAGCUGGCUUCAAAAAAAUGGCUGUUGACAAGGUAAUUCCAGUAGACAAGCUGAUAAAGGGGAGGUUUCAAGACAAUUUCGAGUUUUUACAAUGGUUUAAAAAGUUCUUUGAUGCCAACUACGAUGGUCGGGAAUAUGACGCGUUUGAAGCGCGUGGAGGGUUCAUGAUCGGGUCCGGCGCGUGCGACGGCGGCGCCGGCGUGCCGCUGUGCGCGCCCCCCGCGCCCCGCGCGCCGCCCGCCCCGCGCCGCCUCGCGCCCGCCGCGCACCACUCCGCCAUAGGGAAGGCCAACACCACGGCGGUGCGGUCGCCCCCGGCCAACAUCUCCAAGUUAAAUCAAAGUGCGAAGGGAGACUCCAAACUGCUUGAUGAACUCAACCAUCAGGUGAACGAACUGAAAGCGACGGUAGACGGUCUGGAGAAGGAGCGAGACUUCUACUUCGGGAAGCUUCGAGACAUAGAGGUGAUCUGUCAGGAGAUGGAGGAACAGCAGAACGGUCCCAUCAUUCAGAAGAUCCUCGACAUUUUAUAUGCGACUGAGGACGGAUUUGCGCCUCCGGAGGAGCUGGACGGCGACACGCCGCACCCGCCGGAAGAAGACGAGUAUUGAAAAUUACCGCAACGUGUAAAAAUAUACCGCGUAUCAUAGUGCUCUUUGUAUAUUGUAACUUGAAAAUAUAUCGCUUCACAAUCAUUAACAGUAUCGAGUGCUUAGUAUUUCACAGCCAAUAAGUCGUCUGACUCUUAGGUUAAAUAAUUUUAAAGUUCGACAGUGGCCCAAAAAUGGCAGAGUAUGUAUUCGCGUGUGUAACUGAUCCGUGCUGAGACUGCGGCUGUGGCAUAUCUAAGCGCAUCCCGUCAGGAGAUACUUGGGACGUGGCAUAUCGUGACGCUCAUCUACUAUGUUAUUUCGAAGUAUAAAAUAGGUAUUUCAUAAAUAUAUUUACUUAUUUUUAAUGUGUUUGUAAUUGGUAAUGUUGAUUGUACUGUGGUGCGAACUGGCGUGCUACUGUGUAAAUCUCGAGACUGGUAUUCAUUUUUGGGUCACUGGUGCCUAAUAAACGUGCAUUUAAUAGUUUGUUAAUUGUUAGAAGAAAUUUAAUGUUAGUUGUUUAAUCUGUUACUCAAUUAAUAUUGGUUCCAAUAGUACUAAAAAAUUAACCCAAAUAAUUCUAAAAUUAAGAUCUGAUCAAAAAUGAAUAUAUUGUUUCAAGCGAUAGAAAAAAAACAUCAUAAUUGGCAUUGUAUUUUUUUGGUAAUUAUCGUAUGUAAAGAUACACAAAUUGCAGUGAUAUUUGCAGACUCACCUAGGUUAUUUGAAUACAAGACUUGGAAGGAAUUGCACUUUUUUUUGUAACUGCUCGCGUUUAGAGAAGUGACCUCAAAUUGUUUAAUUUUGCUUUUAUAUAUUAUUACGACUUGUUGGCCAACAGACAUUUUUUGCGUUGGUUUUGAACAACUCAUAAUUAUUUACUGUAAAACAUGAUUUGCAAUAUCGUAACAGCAAAUAUUAAUUGCCUCUGGUUUUCAAAUUGUGAAUGUCUUAUCAAAUAAAUUAAUAACUUUAUUAAA